AUGAGCUUCAACGCCUUCGCCAUGGCUGCGAAAUUCGUCCUGGUCCUGUCCCUCUCCUUCCUCGUCCUGUCCGCUCACAAGGUGUUCUCGCCCGUGGCAGCCAAUACUACCAAUGCCAACGCCGCAGCGAAUGUUUGCGACUGGCAGGGUGCGGUGCCCGCCGAAGAAUGCGGCAGCUUCUGCGAAAUGAGGAACACCUUCUUCUAUGGGCAAGAGAAACUCUAUGCCACUAUGCCCUUGUGUACCGGAGCUAUGGAGACUUCGCAAACGAGCGAUCCCCCUGCGCAACCCACACAGAAUACCCCUCGCUGGAAACCGCACAAAGCUGAUGAGUCGUCAUUACCGGUGGCUACAAUUACAAGUGGGGCCAGAGCGAGAGCUUUCAAGUACAGCAAGGACCUCAAGCAUGACGAAUGCGGAUAUUUCACCUUCAUCCCAAUUGUGCGCGACACCUGUGGAACUUACUCGGAGAGGGAGUUUGGGACUAUACCUGUGAUUGUUGUGGACACAUUCAGACAACAGUCAAUGCUUGCGCCAAACCAGGCGGUGACGGCGGCGGAUUCUGUUUGGUGGAAUUCGCGUGUCAUCCGUGGUGUCGCGGUCUUUGUCUACCUCAAACUGCACAACUCUUGA